ACACCUUUUGUGUUGACAUCACGUGUUCUCUCUCUGUGUUUGGUAUCCAUAGCAACGCAAAGAUGGCGGACGACGACAGGCGACAGAAGUGUCGGCGAACGGGUUGUGGCGUCUAUUUCUCGGACGACGACGAGGACAGCGAGUGUCGCUUCCAUCCGGGCGUUCCCUUCUUCCACGACGCUUACAAGGGGUGGACGUGUUGUCAGCAGAAGUCCACGGAUUUCACGACUUUCCUCAACUUCAAGCCCUGCAAAACCGGAAACCACUCGACGGAAGCGCCGCCGGAAGUGCCGUCUAUUGCGCCGCCGAAGAGCGAGACGGCGCCCGAAAAGAGCACCGAAGAGGAGACCGAAGAGGAGGACGAGAGCGAGGAGUGGACUGCGGUUACGGUGAAAGAGGCGUCGAGUGUGGCGAAGGCCGCGACCACCGCGACGGCGCAGAAGACGCACAUUCAGUGCAAGCGCUGCCGGAAGCGGAAGGAGGCAACGGACGAGACGACGGAAUGUCGCUUCCAUUCGGGACACACGAUAUUCCACGAAACGCUGAAAUACUGGACGUGUUGUGCGAACAAGAAGUUCACGGAAUUCGCGGACUUCGAGGCCUUCAAAGGCUGUCAAACGGCAGAAGAACACGACUUUUCCGUCGCUCCGAAAGCCGUUCGCGAGGACUGGUUCCAGACCUCCUCUCACGUCCAUCUCGUGCUCUACGGCCUGCGAGGCGCGCGCGCAGCCGCCACUCGCAUGCAGUGCAAAGGGGGCCGGGAGGUGAGCGCGCGGUUCGCCGACUGCGAGGGGAACGCUUUAUGGACGCGCGAGUGGACGCUGUGGGCGGGAGUGCGCGCGGGACAGUCGGAAGUGGUGUUGGAGGCGACGAAAGCGGAGUUGCGGCUCAAGAAGGCCAAAGAAGGUCAACAUUGGGCGUCGUUUUCGUGAUUUUAAUGCAAUUUAAUUAAAGAAACGUUUAUUCAGAAUAAAAAUCGAUUUUUCAUUCAUUUA